AUUGUUUCCUUUUAUCUCCGUUUUCCAUUCCGAAACGACAGCUGAUUAGGUGUCCAUUAAUUCAAUUGCCAUUGCUGGCAUUUAAUUCGAGUGUCUUCCCAUAUCAACAGCUGUUCAAAAUGGUCCAAAAGCACUACGUAGCUGGGUAUGAAAACUUCGUCACUUUUAUGAAGGAUUUCAAGAGCAAUGGUCAAGUGGUGAAUGUCCUUUUCACGGGUGCUAAGCUGGACAACAGUGUCAGCUGGUGCAGUGAUUGCGUUGAAGCUGCCCCCUUUAUUGUAGCAGCUCUAGAGACUGCUCCGGCUGAAUCACACUUCAUCUAUGUCGACGUUGGAGAUAGGCCAACGUGGAAGGAUAUGAACAAUCCGUUCCGAAAGGACACCGAUACGCACCUGAGCGUGAUCCCAACACUAAUCCGUUGGAAAAAUCCUCAACGCUUGGAAGGGGAACAGUGCUGCAAAGCUGAUCUUCUGGAGAUGUUUUUCACCGAUGAUGACUGAAUAAUAAAUGAAAAUAUGUUUCUUCUGUAAUUCUGUAAUUUCAACGCAUCCUCUGGCCCCGUUGCCUAUCUGCGUUUUCCCUCCGCUGAGCGAUACGUCUACCUGACGGUGAAUAAAUGAAAAUAAAUGUGUCUUUACCAUGAA